AUACACAGCCAAGUUAGCGGUUUCCUUAUUAAGGGAUUGCAAUGGAUUUACACUCCUAUGAAGAUUGGGGUCCUAGCGUAUAUCUAGCCAUAGUAAUAUACGGUUCACAAGGGAAACUUUUCGCUUUGAAUCAAGGGUGGCAAGACAUCGGAGAAAGAGCGUUCGAGUGAGGGAGAGAAGGGAUGGGUAACUGUGCAUCCGACGUGAAAGGCGGCAAGCAGGCGGUAGGAGGCGGCGGCGAUGGAGGCCACCACCGGGCCCAGGCUCUCGGCGGCGGUGGAGGUGAGGGCAAAAACGACGCAGUAGAUUUUUUCUUCCGGACCAAGGGAAUGCGCCCUCUAGGCUGCCAAAUUGAGCUAUCUCUAUCAGCCUCAAACCUUCUCGAUCGUGACAUCAUGUCUAAGAGUGAUCCCAUGGCGGUAGUUUAUUUAAAGAAAAGGGAUGGGACCCUUCUAGAAGUUGGGCGUACUGAAGUGAUAAUGAACAGUUUGAAUCCUGCUUGGAUUCAGAAAAUUAAUAUGAUGUACCAGUUCGAGAUUGUUCAACCAUUGAUAUUUCAUAUCUACGAUGUGGACUCAAAGUACCACAAUUUACCUGUGAAGACGCUAAAGUUGAAGGAUCAAGAUUUCCUCGGUGAAGCCAAUUGUGUUCUCUCUGAGAUUGUUACCAAACCAAGUCAGAGGUUAACCUUGAACAUACACCAUAGAGAUGGGCGUGGCUCAAAUAAUUUGGGCACACUUACAAUCCUUGCUGAAGAACCAGUUAUUUCGAGGAGUGCAGUGGAAUUGACACUGAAGUGUACAAAUCUCGACAAAAAGGACUUGUUCUCCAAAAGUGAUCCAUUCUUGAUAAUAUCUAGGAUUGUUGAAGCUGGAGGUUCUAUUCCUAUCUGCAAGACAGAAGUUCUGAACAACAACUUAAAUCCCAUAUGGAAGCCUGUGUGUCUAUCUGUUCAACACUAUGUGAACAAGGAUAAUCCUCUAAUCAUCGAGUGCUUUGACUUCAACAGCAGUGGGAAGCACGCCCUCAUUGGAAAAAUGUACAAGACAGUGGCAGAGCUUCAAAGUCUUCAUGGCAGUAAAGCUGGAGCAAAUUUUAUCUCACCACCUUCUGGUCUCCGGAAACAAGAAAAGCUUUCGAAGGUUGAACUGUUUGUGGAAAAUUUCAUUGAGAAGCAACUCUACAGCUUUCUUGAUUACGUUUCUAGUGGAUUUGAGCUUAACUUCAUGGUUGCUAUUGAUUUUACUGCUUCAAAUGGAAACCCUCAAACUCCCUCUUCUCUACAUUAUAUUGAUCCAUCAGGAAAUUUAAAUGCGUACCAGAGGGCCAUUACAGAGGUUGGAGAGGUCAUACAAUUCUAUGAUUCGGAUAGAUGUUUUCCUGCAUGGGGCUUUGGUGGAAUGACUUAUACUGGUUCGGUAUCUCAUUGUUUCAAUUUAAAUGGAAAUCCAAGCACGUCUGAGGUAGACGCCUAUUCUAUAAAGUUAGAGAUCUUUUUUCUUGGGUCAGGUUCAUGGUGGUUUAAUUUGUCAAAGUCAGGAACCUGGAUAAGUGGAUAACGAAGAAAAAGAAGAAUCUUUUCCUUUUAUUUUGUAUUCUCUUUUUAUUCACCCAAAUCUUAGUGCAUUUGAGAUAUUCAUGUUCUUCAUAUGCUUUCCAUGAAUCAUGGUUUGGUCUAUUAACUUCUAGACACCGACCUCAACAUAGUUGAGUUAAGGUAUGGCAAACAGGUGAUGAUGAGGGGUUUGAGCUAAAUGAUUGGGUUUUUGUUUGAACACUCUUGCUCUUGUAGGGGGCAGCAAAACCCUGGCCUUUUCUUUUUGAAUAAGACUGCAUAAAACAAUAUUAUCAUUAGCAUUGAUGCACUAAAUUUUCCCCUUUCUCAGGUUCAAGGGGUAGAUGGAAUCAUGAAUGCGUAUUCAAGUGCUUUGCACCAUGAUGGAAUCAUUACCGACCCUCAAGAAACUAAAGAUGCUAUUGUAAGGGCAUCUGACCUACCACUUUCAAUUCUUGUCGUUGGAGUUGGCACUGCAGAUUUUACACAAAUGGAGAUUCUUGAUGCUGAUAAUGGAAAACGACUGGAGAGCUCCACGGGAAGGAUAGCUACAAGAGACAUUGUGCAGUUUGUUCCAAUGCGUGAUGUGCUUGCAGGGCAAGUCUCAGUGGUGCAGGCCCUAUUGGAAGAGCUUCCAGGGCAGUUCUUGACUUACAUGCGUAGUAGAGACAUUAAGCCCCUGAAUGUCACCUCUUAGAGUUUAAGGGAGAAAAUAUUGUUGCAUACAAUAUUCUUCUGAAUUUGGAAAAUUGAUCCAUUUCACGUGUUAAUACUAUUGUUAAACGUACAAACGGUACAAUACACCCUUUAUGGCUUGCACUAUAGGGUAGGGCACC